AAACCCAUUCAUUCACACUACACAUGGGAUUACAGAGGUUUUAGUAGCUGGAAUCUGCACUCACACCAUGUGUGUCACUGCCACAACCACAACUACUCUUAUUUUUAUCUUGAAAUUACCUUCUUGAACCUCUCCUAGCCCUUCAUCAUUCACUCCAUUCAUUAGCCAUUGCAAAUUGCAAUGAUUCUAACGAAGAGAGUAUUGGAUCCCACUUCACCCAAGUUUUAAAACUGCUAAAUUCUAUGUGUACGAGCAACCCAAGAAGGUAAUUAAUUGAAGAAUAGAGAAAUCAUAGAGAGCAGAAAAGAAUGGUUAUUAUUUGAUUUCACGUGAGACUUCUGUCAUUGUGUCCGUGAGAGUUUUGCGGGAAACCAAGAAGAAGCUGAGUGAGCCACUUUCACCACAGUAAGUGUCUCCAAUUUCAUGGAUUCCCAGAACUCACCAAUGGAGCUCUUGCUUUCACUUCUUCACACUGCCACCAUGUUUCUGUUCAACCCCAUUUUCAAUUUGGGUCAGAAUCAGAUGAGUAGGGUAGCAAUUUGUUAGUCUCUUCAGGCAAGGAAGCACAAUGGUAGUAGAUCUGAAGAGUUUAGAGUGAGUUACAAGAGAAAGAAAAACCAAACAGGAAAGAAAAAAGCAAGGAUCUCUGCCUCAAAGUCUCAACUGUUUCUCAGCUAAUUUGAGUAGGUUAGAACAUUCACAAGUUUACAUGCAUUAAAGAACAUUGAUACCUUCCAAUUUUCUCUCUUGCAAUUGCAACUGUGUCCACAAAGGUAGGGUAGCUAGUUUGUUGCUCAAACUCCCUCUUCUCUUCCUUCUCACCAUGAAGAAAUCCUCUGUUUCCUCUGUUUCCCCUGUUUCCUAUGUUUCCUCUGUUUUCUUCAUCUUCUCUAUGCUUUUUCUCCUCCUUCUCCAACCUGCUAGAUCAGAAAACGGUGAUUCCCAAGCACUAUUAGCCCUCAAAUCCUCCAUUGAUGUUCACAACAAGCUUCCAUGGCGAGAAGGAAGCGAUGUGUGCACAUGGGUAGGAGUCAGAGAUUGUUUCAAAGGAAGAGUGAGUAAGCUUGUGCUGGAGUAUUUGAACUUGACCGGAACCUUGGACUCGAAGAUCUUGACUCGUUUGGAUCAACUCAGAGUCCUCAGCUUCAAAGGGAACUCGCUCUCUGGUCCAAUCCCGGAUCUCUCUGGCUUGAUCAACCUCAAAUCCAUAUACCUCAACGAUAACAGCUUCUCCGGCGAGUUUCCUGCUUCAGUUUCGCUUCUCCACCGCGCCAAGGUCAUUGUCUUCUCCGGUAACAAAAUCUCCGGCGACAUUCCGGCGUCGCUGCUCAACCUCCCGAGGCUCUACGUUCUCUACCUGCAAGACAACUUGCUCACCGGAACCAUACCGCGUUUCAACCAAGGCGGCCUCAAGUACCUGAACGUCUCCAACAACCGACUCUCCGGCGAGAUUCCGGUGACGUCAGCUUUGGCCCAGUUCAACUCGUCGUCAUUUUCCGGCAACCCGGGUCUCUGCGGCGAGCAGAUCCACCGGAAAUGCAAGAGCAGCAUCCUGUUCCCGCCGGCGGUGAGCCCUGUUUCUCCGGCGACGACACCAGGAGGAAACACCGCAUCAAAAUCAAAACCCACCUCGAAAUCAUCGAACCGGAGGAAGCUGAUUAAGAUUAUCGGAGGAAGCGUUGGUGGGGUGGUUCUGUUACUGAUAUGCUUGCUUCUUCUGUGCGUGAUUUGCAAGAAUCGAAGGAAGAGAGUGGUGGGUGCUGUUUCAGCAUCAACAAGGAAGAAGAACGGUGGUGACGUGGCGGCGGAGGAACAGGGUGGUGCCGGAGUGAGUGGCGGCGGAGGAGGUAGUAACGAGAGAAAGCAAGGUGGUUUUGCGUGGGAAUGUGAGGGUCUAGGGAGAUUGGUGUUCUGCGGAGCAGGGGAUCGGGAGAUGAGUUACAGUUUAGAGGAUUUGCUCAAGGCUUCUGCAGAGACAUUGGGGAGGGGUAUUAUGGGAAGUACAUAUAAAGCGGUGAUGGAGUCAGGGUUCAUAGUUACUGUGAAGAGGUUGAAGGAUGCUAGGUACCCUGAGUUAGAGGAGUUUAGGGCACAAAUUGAGGUACUUGGGAGGUUGAGGCACCCUAAUUUGGUCCCACUCAGGGCUUACUUUCAGGCAAAGGAGGAACGUCUUCUGGUCUAUGAUUACUUUCCCAAUGGCAGCCUCUUCUCUCUAAUUCAUGGAUCAAAAACAUCUGGUGGGGGAAAGCCUCUUCACUGGACAUCCUGCCUCAAAAUCGCCGAAGAUCUCGCAACUGGCCUCCUCUACAUUCACCAGAACCCGGGCUUGACUCACGGAAACCUGAAAUCUUCCAAUGUGUUGUUGGGUUCUGACUUUGAGUCCUGUCUUACAGACUAUGGUCUCACAGUGUUUCUUAACCCUGAUUCAAUGGAUGAACCAAGUGCCACUUCUUACUUCUACAGAGCACCCGAGUGUCGCGGCUUUCACGGGUCACAAACUCAACCAGCUGAUGUGUACAGCUUCGGGGUCCUUCUCCUUGAGCUCAUGACAGGCAAAACACCCUACCAAGACCUCGUUCAAGCACAUGGUUCGGAUAUACCAAGUUGGGUUCGGUCGGUGCGCGAAGAAGAGACCGAAUCCGGGGACGAUCCUGCUUCUUCAGGGAAUGAAGCAUCUGAAGAGAAGCUUCAGGCUUUAUUGAACAUAGCAAUGGCCUGUGUUUCACUAGUGCCGGAGAACCGGCCUGCAAUGAGAGAAGUUUUGAAGAUGAUAAGAGAUACAAGAGGGGAAGCUCAGGUCUCAUCUAACAACAGCAGUGAUCAUUCACCUGGUAGAUGGUCAGAUACUGUUCAAAGCUUUCCAAGGGAAGAGCACUUGAGCAUAUGAUUGGGUCACAAACACAACUGCCACAGUUACAACCACCAUCACUAUUUUCUGUUUCUGCUGAUCUUUCUCUUAAUUCUUCCAUAUUGCCUGAUAAUGCCUCUAAUAUCUUUCAUAUGAUAACCUUCCUAUAAAAGUUGUGUCUCUCUUUCUCAAAAUUAUAGGCCUAAGGCUUGCAAACAAGCAACUGGUUAUGGUUGUUGGAAGGUGGCAAAGGACUAAGAAAUUGUAACUCUUGAACAUAAUCAUACUUGGACCAUUACUGAACAUCCUCCCAAUAAACAAAAUAUUGGAUGCAAAUGAGUUUAUAAAGUUAAAGGAAACGUAAUGGGCAGUGUUGAGAGGUAUACGGCAAGGUUGGUUUAUUGGGUUGCAAGCCAGUUUUUACUCUAAUGCUUCUUGCUACAAAGUUGAGUAAAGACAUGUGCCAACCUUAUGAAGACCCCUAAGCAUAUCAGAGGCUUAUUGGAAAGCUUUUGUAUCUCACUAACAAUAAACCUGAUUUAUGUUAUGUGGUCAAAAUCCUUAGCCAGUUUUUUUCAAAUCCAAGCAGU